CGCUCCUUGCCUUCGACCGCCACCCCCGCCAAGCAAGAAACGGCCUCGCCACCCUAAAGCCUCUUCCCUCAACUCGAACUACAUUUCCAAUGGCACGCACCAAGCAGACCGCGCGUAAGAGCACCGGUGGUAAGGCCCCGCGUAAGCAGCUCGCUGCCAAGUCGGCGCGCAAGACUGCGGCGAACGCGACUGGCGGUGUCAAGAAGCCCCAUCGCUUCCGCCCGGGUACCGUCGCCCUCCGCGAGAUUCGCCGUUACCAGAAGUCGACGGAGCUGCUCAUCCGCAAGCUCCCCUUCCAGCGGCUGGUGCGCGAGAUCGCGCAGGACUUCAAGACGGAUCUCCGCUUCCAGUCCAGCGCGGUCAUGGCGUUGCAGGAGGCCGCUGAAGCGUACCUCGUCUCGCUCUUCGAGGACACCAACCUGGCCGCCAUCCACGCUAAGCGUGUUACCAUCCAGCCCAAGGAUCUCGCUCUUGCGCGCCGUCUCCGUGGCGAGCGUGGCUAGAUGUAUCAUCGAGUCGGGCCUGUCUUGUUUCUCGUUUCUUGUCCCCGAUGCCUCGAUUUGUACCAUACUGUAGCACUGAACACUUGCACUAUUCGCAAACUUCCACAACCCUGCGUGAUCAGGGCGAACGAUUUGCUUUUCCGGGGAACAAGUACAAGGGUAUCCAUGUAGAGAUAUCACUCAACGCAAUCCAGAAUCUCGGAGGGUAUCA